GAACAGACGGUGGCAUCUUUGGUUCAUUCUUUAGGAUUCAGUAGGGUGUCUACAUCUCUUAGCUAUAAAUAAGAGCUCACCAUGCACACUUGCGGUACUGGGUACUACAAGCCAGUCGCGAACUUGUUUUAUAUCUUCCGAUACGUGAAAGCCUACUAGCAAUGUCUACUCAUCCAGCUGUAAUUGCCAACGGCAUUAAGCAGCCAUUGACCAUUGGCUCUGUGCCCACUCCAGUCAUCCAGCCUGGCGAGGUCAGGGUCAGAGUCGAAUGGGUACCGUCCGCUCCUCUGGACGUGUACCAAAUUGACGCAGGUUUGAUGGCUCAGUUUCCUCAAAGUUUCGGUGAUUCUGCGGCUGGCACGGUGGUGGCAGCUGCGGACGACGUCAAGCGCCUCAAAGUUGGGGAUAAGGUCUUUGGUUUCUUUUUCCACAACGAAAAGGAAAGGGCGCAGCAGAUAUACGUGACGGCGCUUGAACAUUUGUUUGCAAAGGUGCCGGAAGGGGUCUCACUACAAGCCGCAGCUACCCUGCCAAACAACUUUUGCACAGCAUUCUUCACCCUUUCCGAAAAGCUGGGUAUUGAAUUACCUUGGCCCCGUCCUGAACGACUCACUGCGAAGACACAAAAUGUACCAAUCCUGAUCUGGGGCGCAGCAACUUCGGUUGGCCAAUACGCAGUGCAAGCACUAAAAUAUUGGGGAUACAAAAAUAUAAUUGCCACUGCUUCUGCACGUCACCACGACAGGCUCAGAGGCUAUGGAGCAAAGCACGUUUUCGACUACCGAGAUCCUACAGUUGUUCAGUCUAUUCGCGAGGUGCUCGACAAUUCUGAGUAUCCGGAUGGUGUGCGUGUCUUUGACUGUGUGGACUCCAAGUUCGGUUCCCUACUACCUAUUUCCAAUAUUGCAAACCAGCCCGGAUCCGUCGUUGCUGCUUUGCUACCCGUCGUUGUGAGCAGCCCGUCAGGGGAUACACCAGCGGCUACCCUCGAGCUAGCCAUUGACCCUUCAGAGCACGCGGCUUGGGCAUCCGAUGUAAAAGUGCAUAGUGUUGCAGCUUAUGCAUAUGAAAGCAAUACCUUCCUGCGUGACCAUCUCCAGCCUGAGAUCAUGCCCUCUCUACUUGCAGAAGGCGCUGUUGAGCCCAACAAACAACAUGUCAUCGAAGGAAAGACGCUUCUGGAAAGGGCCAGAACCGCGCUAGAUAUUAUGAGAGCGGGUACUGUCAGCGGUGAGCGACUAGUUUGGAAAGUGUGGACGGAGGAGGAGUUUCCUGGAUUUUAGGAUACAUGUCUGCAUACCAUGUAGUUAUGUCAAGGCUGAGAGAAAAAGCCGGAGAUAGCACUUGUACACAUCCUAUGGCGAUAUGAUUCGGCUAUUAUAUUUUGAUAUUUGGCUAAGACUUCUAAUAUCGAGCCCCAACUAAGCUGC